CCCUUGUGUAUUCAAAAACAGUUUGUUAUUACUCUUAACCUACCUUGGUAAUCCUUAUUUGAUUGGAUUACCAAACGUUGUGUUAAUCAUUCUUAAAUGGUUCUUUUUGUCACUUAGUUUAAUUUAACGUUUUUAUAUAUAUAUCGUCUUGACAAGUAAAUGUGUGAUCAGAUUGUUCGAAAUGUAUAACGCAAAUACACAUCACAUCGUUUUUCAGAUAAUCUCCGUCUUCUAAUAAUGCUAUCCAAAUAUAUAAGAGGGACUAAUUGUUUUAAAUUUUUGAAAAGAAGACUCCCUCCAUGCACUAUCAAACGGUUAGAUGGACGUCUUAACCUGAAGUGUAAAGUAGCAUCUGAAAAGUGACACAUUCCCGAAAGUAUUUUACAAAUCCCUUCCAUCUUUCAAGUAUUAUUCGCCUUACGAAAUCUCACAUUGACGAUUCUAAUGGGAAUUUAUGUGGACUAAUUGAACUCGAUUUAUUGUCAUGAAAUAUUGAUUGUCUGAUGUCUCCAUUAUUUGUCAAAGUAAGUUCAUUAAUUUUUGUAGCUCUGUCGUUGAUAAGACGAAUACUAGAGAAUACUAGAUUGAAAUUGCUUGGAUCUUGCACGUCUGACUUCCAAUUAAACCAGAUCCCAUUAAAUCCUGAUAAGUAUGUGACAAAUCUGUCAUCGGUUGAACUUUUAUUACAUGAAAAAGAGGUGCUGUCAAUUGGUUUCAAUUUCUCUAUCCCAUUAAACAAUAUUUCAGACUUAACAAUUGAUUCUCAGUUUGAAAAUUUGUAUGAUCAGUUGAGUUCUCUAACAACUUCUUCGACAGAUGACCGAAGUUGGUCGAAAGUUAAAUGUGUAGAUGUAGCACACCAAUUCCGUAAUUCAAGUCGGAAACAAAGAAGCAUUUUAACAUCAACUCAUUUUAAAUCCCUAAAGGAAUUACGUAAUAGAUCCGAUUUAGUUAUUUUGACACCUGACAAUGGAUCUGGUGUAGUUGUAAUGGACAGAAGCGAUUACAAAACAAAAAUGUUCUCAAUCCUUAAUGACAAAAGCAAAUUCAUAGCCGAUGUUCCUUCUGAUGAUAUCAGAGAAUUGGUAGGAAAAGUAACUUCUCGCUUAGUAGAACUUCGUGGAAUGGUCGUUAUCGAUAAACAGGAGUUUAAUUCCUUGAAGCCCAUGGUAUCUGACUACCCAAACCUCUGUGGUUUACCCAAGAUUCAUAAGGUUGAUAAUCCGUUACGUCCAAUUCUAUUAAUGUGUCACUCUCCUACACAUAAAUUAGCAAAAUGGUUAGCUGAUAUUUUAAGUCCAGUACGCAAUGAAUUAUGUAAGUCUACUUUGAAAGAUACAUUUUAACUUGUUGACUGUCUUGUAGAUAUGAACAUGAAAGAUGGGGAAAUGUAUUCACUUGAUGUUAAUUCUUUGUUUACUAAUGUACCAUUGGUUAAGACUGUUGAUAUUCUUUGUGACUAUAUAUCUUCUAGUUGUUUUUCAUUUCCCUUUCCUUUGCCUUAUUUGAAAGACUUAUUACUAUUAUGUACUGACAACGUCCAUUUCACGUUUAAAGGUGAACAUUUUCGACAAGUGGAUGGCAUUGUUAUGGGAAGUCGAUUAGGACCUUUGUUAGCGGACGUUUGCAUGUCUUAUGUUGAAAACUUGUCCCUUGAUUUAAUUUCUAAAGUGCCCUCCUUCUAUGGGACAUAUGUGGAUGAUAUAAUUUUGAUAUGCGACGAUCAUGAAGAUGCGAGUCGUCUAUUAGAUAGACUUAACUUUGUACAGAAUCAUAUUAGUUUUACAUGCGAGGCAGAAAGUCGCGACCAGCUUGCAUUUUUAGACAUACUUCUGAGUCGAAGAGAUGAUGGUUCAAUAAGACGAUCAAUCUACAGAAAGCCCACUUGGACAGGGCAAUAUCUAAAUUUUCAUAGUUUCUGUCCAUUAUAGUAUAAAGGAGGCUUUGUGAAAUGUCUAUUUGAGAGGACUCAACGUAUUUGCACCGCUGAUGUUAUGGA